CUUCCCACCUCUUCUUUACUGCUUCCGACCGGAUCGCUACCUCACCGUCAAUCAUCCCAAACCAUCUACUCGCUCAUCACCUGUCAUAAUGCCCGAACUCCCUCAGGUCCACCCCGAAGUCACAUGGGCUCAGCGCUCUUCGGCUUCUGAUGCCGAGCGCAACUACCUGUAUGUCAACAUCAAGGCCGCCGAUGUUGCCCGUACCUCCGCGACCCUCGACAUCAAGCCCACCAGUGUCACCUUCACUGGCGACUCGAAGAAGGGCGUCAAAUACCACGUCUCCCUCGAGUUGUAUGCCGAAAUCGACCCUGAGAACUCCAAGGUCAACCACAGUGACCGUGAAGUCGAGCUGGUUUUGCGCAAGAAGGAGCUGAAGGAAGAGUUCUGGCCUCGUCUGCUGAAGACCACUCAGAAGAUUCACUUCUUGAAGACUGACUUCGACAAGUGGGUUGAUGAGGAUGAGCAAGAUGAGGUGACCGAGGAUGACUAUGCCAACAACUUUGGUGGAUUCGAGGGUCUCGGAGGCGAGGGUGGUCUCUCCAACAUUGACUUCUCCAAGCUUGGUGCCGGUCUCGGUGGUGAAGCCGGUGCUGGUGGAGAGGAAGAAGAUGAUGAGGAUAUGCCCGAGCUUGAGGAGGCCGAGGGCGAGGGUGCCCAGGCUUCCAAGAUUCAGGAGGUUUCUUAAAUGCUGUGCCCUUCUACUGCGAUAGGCAAGGCGUUACAACCCAAAGAAUAAAAACAUAAUGGCGAGCGACGAGUUCCGUAACUGUUGAGCUUUCUUUGCUCGUUAUCACCUAUAUUAUACCGCUCAUGGUUAAGGUUCAUCACUAUGAUUUGGAGCUACCUGGCGCACAUGGACAGGCUGGUAGGCCUGCCUUGAAAGGCAAAGGGAAACGGAAAAGGAUUCACCAUUUUCACCAUAUUGGUACGAAUUGACGAGAUGACUGGCAAAGCGUUCACUUCCUC